GUUUUCUUUAAGUUUCAAAAUGCACCCUACAUGUACCAAUACUACUGGUAGAUGAAAAUCUUUCGCACAACAAUGCUCACAAAUAUAUUUGACCAUCGCAAUGGCUUCACACCAUCGAGUGAAUGCAGAAUUAGCGAAGCAGCUUGAGGCUGAGGAUCCCGACCUCCUCGCUUUCUAUGAAGCACAUGCACCGAAAAUCCACCGGAUCCAGGAAGCCCAAGCUCGGUUGACCGUCGACAAAGGAAACAAUGCACGCCAGAGUUCGUCCAAGAAACGCAAGCUUAGCGUGAUUUCCGCAGAUUACAGCAGCUCAAGUCCUGCUACAACAACGAUUGAUCUCACACACGGCCUUCUUAUCCCUGACGAAAUCUGGGAGCAAAUGCUAUCAUUUUAUCCUAAGUUGGACAAGGAUCAGUCUAGAUGCAGUGGGCCGCAGAAGAUUGAAAUGGUAUUCGAUUUCAUCAUAACUCUGUUGAUUUCACGCAAGGAACACAAGAAGCGACGACAUGAGCUGAAACAGAAAAUUGAUAAACUCGACAAAUACGCACUUCAGCUAAUCCAGGUGGUUCAACGCAGAGAAGCAGCAACACAGUUGUGGCCCGUCAUUCGCCGUGCACUUUCUCGACAUGUCUUCAACAACCCGAACCGACUUUCCAAUUUGAGCUUGUUCACUUUCCGUAACGUGUGUCAAGCUGUCUCGAAGCAGUGGAAGAAACGAUGGAACAUGAACGAUGGCUCGCGGUGUCGACAAACCAUCGAUGCAGUCUUUUCUUCGAACAGGCCCACAUGGAUCGACGGGGUGGAUGCUACAGACGUCAAGGAUGUUAUCGUCGAAGCGUUGAAUCCUUUCGUGGACUGGAUUCGCUUCGAGGACCUGCACAAAACGCUCAUCUUUGCUGCGGACGUCCGGAGUCCAGCAAACGUAGCUGUGCAUGAAAAUCCAAGUGGUGCAGCGGUGGUCUAUACGAUUCGGUCUGUCAAUGAUCUUGCGGGGUCAACCGAGUGGGGCCAAAUGCUCAUUAGCGACUUCGUGCAAGCCUACGAGGAUGGUUUCCCCCAUGCGGACAAGAAGGAUCCAGUAGAUGCAGAGUCAGCACCUUCUCCACUAAAGAGCUAUCUCAAGGUUGGCACCCGUCCAAAGUCUCUCCAGAAAGACUUGGACGGUAACCCACGUAGUGUAUUGAUGGAGCUACUCGCUGCGUCCGCCGUUGCUUCUCCUGGUCCUCAUCAGAGAGGCCCAGCUCUUCCACAACUCACCAAUGAGGAUGAUGCUGAUGAUUCCAUUUCUACCUCACGUCUGAAUAGCCAAGCCUCCCAUUCCGAGCCCAAGCCCAAGGUGGGAUCCCGUGUUACAGGGCUGAUCCGGCAGUGGACUGGAAAGAAUCCUUCUUCAGGGAACAUGGAUUAAUAAAACUGCCUAUCCCUUGCAUGCAGUGUAUCAACCUUUCAUUGCAUGAGCACAGUGCCAAACAUCUGGUGCGCGUUCGCUCGACGAUUCGAGUCCAUACGAGACCAUUUGACAUAAAUAAUAUCCAACUAAAACCAUAACGUAAUAAAUCAUCCUCCGUUUCCC